AUGCUAGGCUCCCUCACACGGUCGCGACCGCAGUUCGUAUUCCGGGCGCCCUACUGGGCCGCCCUUUCAGUGCCUCAUUCACGCCACGUGUCAAGGAAAGCCGCAACGAAGAAAGGGUCCGGACGGAAAUCGCGUGAGGACUACUGGAGAGACCACCCGCGUCUGGCGUACAGCGACAAGUACCCGCUGUCACGCGAGCUUGCUGAUCUCGGCCCUCGACCUGACCCGCUCCGAAGCACAAAUACGACAGCCCGCUUGCGGACCCAGAUUGUAAGUCCAGACCUAUGCGAUGACGUAUUAAAGUACAUCGGUCCCUCGCUAGAAAAGUACAAAGGAUGCGACAUCAUCGACCUGAAUCCCGGCGCCUGUUUAUGGUCGCAGAAGCUGCAUGAAUUCCUUCAACCGCGGACGCAUGUGCUCUUUGAACCGGCCCCGGCCAUGUGGAGCACCUACCAGCGACCUCUAUUGGACAAGCCAGGCUCGAAAUAUAGGCUAUACGAGGGAAAAGACAUGAAAGACAGAACUGCGUUCGACGAACUGUUCGACACCAUUCUGUCGCACCAACAGCCCGUUCAGCCCCAGAUCUCUGGGCCGCUGCAACCGAACAAUGACCUGUUAGUCACGGGCUCGAUCAUGUGGGACCCGAAAGCCUCAGGCAUGGGGUUUGACUCACUGGGAAAGCAGCUCAUGCAUUUGUUCAACGAGUGCGCUUGGAGAGACGAGCGCUUCCAUAGAUAUGGCCCGGUACGGUCGCUCUUGUGGACGACUGAGGCAGACUUCAAGGGCGCUGUACCCCGCUCUCACUACAUGUACCCCAAGUAUUCGAUGGCGUUCAACUACUUAGCCAAAACCGUGCAGGUGGUGACGCCAGACCAUCUACCGAAAGGCCCCGGACACUCCACAAUUGGUCGGCUGCCACAGUACGAGAUCCAAAGCGUGAUCCGCGCGAUGCAACGUGGCCGAGAAAACGGCUUGGAGCUUCCCCAGCAUCGUCGAGAUUGCAUACACGAAAUGGCCGAAGAGAUAAUGCAGCGCAACAUAGAGCAGGGCAAGGCCGCCGACACGAGACUCACUCAGCCUGAAAUGAUAGAAUACUUUGAAAAGCGGACACGGGAGGGGAAGUCGAGUGUUGGGGUUGACUACCAGCGGGAUAUCGAUAUCAUCUCGCAAGACGAGUAUCUGGAGAAGCAUCCCGAACUCCUCUGGACCACAGACCCAUCCGGUCGUCGCAAGCGCACCCCACGCGGUGUAAAACACCAUUUCCGCUACUGUCAAUUAACCUCGCUUCGCAAAUUUAGAAUCCAGGCCGAAGAGAUUGCGGAUCGCUUCGAAGGCAUGUUUGAUCGGGAAAUCGAGGUCCUCAAGAUGGAGGACGGCCCAGAGAAAGAGGAGGCGAAGAAGGAGCUGGAAGCCUUGGACGAAGAACUGGAAAUGGCCGUGGAACAGUUACAUGCUCCCAAACGGACCGCUGCGGUGUCGUCAGCAAACGAUCGCAUCUCGCUCAAGUCCCCCAUUCCGCGCCUCCAGUGGGACCAUCGACCAUACGAGCCUCUCGUCAUGCAGCCGGAGGAGUUUUGGCCCCGGCAGCGCGCUUGCUUGAUCGAUAUUGAGCCUUAUCCGCGCAAGGACUUCAAGCUGGAUUGGUUCAUGGACUUUGCCUACGCGCUGUUCAAUUCACCUAAUAACUCGGUGCUGAAGGCGCUCGAAUCCAUGCAGUCUGGAGCAUCCGCUCUGGUCAAUGAAGUGCCGAGCUUGAGGGACCCGGCACGGGGUGGGCGACUGAAUCUGGACCAUAUGAAGGUCAACAUGUUGACGAACGAGAUGAUUGAAGGUCUGUGGCAUGCAUACAACGCCUGGCCAUUCAAGGACGAGUCGGCGAACCAUUCGAAAUAUUUUACGCUGAAGCAAAAGGGUCGCUCCUCAAGUAGAGAUGGCGGUAACAGGUGAUGUCAGCUCAUGACAGUGGACGCUAUGCGAUUCUAUAGUGGAAACACUUGUAAACCUGUUUGUACAAAUAAUGUAACACAUGAGGCACGGAU